GCUUUCCUCUCGCCAGCCAUUCCAGUUUAGACUGAGCGGACGUCGCCAUCGUCAGUGAUAGAACAGAUAAAUAUUAAUCUCGCCACAAGCUGUGAGAGUCGUCGCGUUGCGUCUCUUCUGUGAACAGAACCAACAAACCUUGAAUUCGCAUUAAAUAUGCCUAAUAUCGCUUAUUGUCAAACGCCUCAGGUUAUAAUGCAUGACCAACAGAGAAUAAGUACAGCUCUAUAGCCUACGGGAUCUCGAGGACUUGAUUACAGUCGCUUCAAGCCUGAUAGUUUGUCCGUGCGGCUGCUCCCCUUCUCCCUUCUACGCACGUCUGUAGUCGGCUGGCAUCUCCUCUAACAACUUCCCAUCCCCCUCUCUCAGCUGAAGAAGACUUAGUCUGCUUCGCCCCUUUCUGUUCUACGCUCAGCGGCGGCGUUUCCCUGGAUUUGGAUUAUUGUCUAUUAGGUUUUAUCAAAAUUCACCAAGAUGACUCCAAACGGUUAUUUGAUCUUCGAUGAUGAGACUUUCCUGGACUCCACCGUGGCCAAAAUGAAUGCCCUGAGGAAGAGUGGGCAGUUCUGUGAUGUGAGGCUGCAGGUGUGUGGCCAUGAGCUGAUGGCUCACCGUGCUGUCCUGGCGUGCUGCAGUCCAUAUUUGUUUGAAAUCUUCAACAGCGAUGUCGAGACUCACGGAGUCUCGCAUAUCACUUUUGAGGAUUUGAACCCAGAGGCUGUGGAGGUCCUGCUCAACUAUGCCUACACUGCCCAAUUAAAGGCAGAGAAGGAGCUGGUCAAGGACGUUUACUCUGCAGCCAAAAGGUUCAAGAUGGAGCGAGUCAAACAGAUUUGUGGCGACUACCUGCUGUCUAAAGUGGAUUCCCAGAAUGCCAUCUCUUUCCGGAACUUUGCCAACUUCAUGGGAGACGGCAGACUUUUGGCCAAGGUGGACGCUUACAUCCAGGACCAUCUGCUGGAAGUUUCCGAACAGGAGGACUUCCUCAAACUACCAAGGUUAAAGUUAGAAGUGAUGCUUGAAGACAACCUGACCCUGCCCAGCAACGGCAAACUCUACUCCAAGGUGCUAAACUGGGUGCAGCGUAGUCUUUGGGAGAACGGAGACCAACUGGAGCGACUGAUGGAAGAGGUGCAAACGCUCUACUACUCACCUGACCAUAAGCUGGUGGAUGGAGGGCUGGUGAUUGAUGGGCACAGUGAGGUGUUUGGUGGCGAGGACGACCACCUUCAGUUUGUGCAGAAGAAGCCUGUGCGUGAGAGCACCCAGAGACAGCUGAGCUGCAGCUCGUCAGGAAGCCUCUCGCCCUCCAACCAAGCAGCAAAUGUCCAAAAACAGACCACCAGGAGAGACUGGAAGUACAUCGCCUCUGAGAAGACCACAAACAACAACUAUCUCUGUUUGGCUGUGCUGGACGGAGUGCUGUGUGUGAUCUUCUUGCACGGUCGCAACAGCCCUCAGACAUCUCCAACCUCCACGCCCUGCCUGAUGAAGAGUCUCAGCUUCGAGGCCCAGCCUGAGGAACAGGAAGAGCACCCACUGUCACCCAUGCACUACGCCCGCUCCGGCCUGGGCAUGGCAGCGCUGAACGGGAAACUCAUCGUAGCAGGAGGCUACAACCGGGAGGAGUGUCUGAGGACUGUGGAGUGCUACAACCCCAGUGAGGACUGCUGGACUUUCAUCGCCCCCAUGCGCACGCCGAGGGCUCGCUUCCAGAUGGCCGUGCUCAUGGGUCAGCUGUACGUGAUCGGAGGUUCCAACGGACAUUCUGAUGAGCUGAGCUGUGGGGAGAUGUACGAUCCGCAUACAGAUGAGUGGGUCCAAGUGCCAGAGCUGAGGACAAACCGCUGCAAUGCAGGCGUCUGCUCCUUGAACAACAAGCUGUAUGUUGUUGGAGGGUCGGACCCCUGCGGGCAGAAGGGCCUGAAGAACUGUGACGUUUUUGACCCUGUGGGGAAGACCUGGUCCAACUGCGCCUCCCUUAACAUCAGGAGGCACCAGGCUGCAGUGUGCGAGCUGGAUGGCUUCAUGUACGCCAUCGGAGGAGCUGAGUCAUGGAACUGCCUGAACACCGUCGAGCGUUACAACCCCGAGAACAACACCUGGACUCUGGUAGCCCCCAUGAACGUGGCCCGCAGGGGAGCCGCCGUGGCCGUGCACGCAGGCAAGCUGUUUGUGGUGGGCGGCUUCGACGGCUCCCGCGCCCUCCGCUGCGUCGAGGUAUACGACCCCGCCCGCAACGACUGGAGGAUGCUCGGCAGCAUGAUAUCGUCGCGCAGCAACGCCGGCGUGGCCAUGCUGGGCGAAACCAUCUACGUGGUGGGCGGCUUUGACGGAAACGAGUUCCUCAGCACGGUGGAGGUGUACAACCCCGAAACGGACGAGUGGAACGACUGCACCAAAGCCCCAUCCCCCCUCUCUGAGUGAGGAGAGGGGAGAUGGGGGGGCGAGGAAGAAUGGGGGACAGGGUUCUGGAGUUUCACAGUGCUUCACUCAUUUCCAAACUAACAGGCUUAGUGACGUAAUCGUGUUUCGUGAUGUUUUUGUGUAUUAAAGGGUUUUAUGUGGGGUGGGGGGUGUUGAGUUGAGGAGUCUUCAGUGAAGACUGGCUUAAUCAGAUUUUUUUUUGGGGGGGGUAUUGCUGCCCAAAGCAACAUGACGCCUUUGCAUAUUGCAUAGAUAUUGGUUUUGUCUUGUAUAUAUUUUGUUUCUUCCUCAGAUUUUGUCAAAUGCCAACAUUUCUAAACAUUUGGUGUUUUUAUUUUAUUUUUUCAAGUUUAGGCUUUAGUCAAAUGCAGGAUUUUUAGAUGAGUUUGCAUAUUCGAUCACCUAGAAAGCUGUAAU